AUGACCUUGAAGCUACCGAUAUCCGCGAUCACCGCUGCGACUCGCUGCUAUUCCUCCGGGCUGCACGAUGGAGAGGGGUGGCGGCGUAGCAGCAGCGGCAGUGGCCACGCUGACCGCAUCCUCGGCGACGUGGCAAAGCGACUAUCAGACAGGCAGGAUGGGAGGGAAGCCGCAGACGCAGACGGCGCGGCGGCACGGGGCAGCGUAAAUUUUCGUCCUUUCCAGGACGCGGGAUGGGAUGCGCCACCUUCGUCAUCGAGCGCCUUCUCGGCCACGGCGUCGCCUGACCCGCCGCCACCGCAGUCGGACCCUACCGCAGCAAGCGAGCGCGCUGCUCUCGAUCAGCGACGCCGGCUCUUCGCGCAAUGUAGCAAGCUGGCGGACGUCGUGCAAGAGGAGCUGCGCGCCGAGGUGGCGCGGGACAUGCAGGACGGCGUGGCGGCCGUGCCACCGCUUGCGCCGAGUGGGUGGCGCGUUUUGCACACAACUGGCUCGAGCUACUUCACCAUGUCGCGCCUGAAGAAGGGCUUCUACGUGGACAGCCGAUCCGGCGGCAGGAGGGCGAACGAUGAUGGCGACUCACCACUGGCCGCGUCAGACACGGUGCCGCGGUACCGCAGCGUACACGAUCUUGUCACAGGCGGUGGACGUCCACCGCGCUCGGCCAAACGUGACGACGCCACAGCGGAGAGGGAGAUGUGGGUGCUGCACCGGGGCCGCUACACGGCAGCGCAGGACGGACAAGCUGCGCCGCAGCGGAAUAGUCCGGCGGGCGAUGAGGGUGACAGUCGUCAGCACGGCGGCAGUCGCCGUAGAGAUGCCGUGCGCUACGCCCGCUCCGACAUGCACAUCACCCUCUUCGCUCCGUUCCGCAGCCUCGACUUGACGCUGUACAACCCACGCGUCGGAAUCUGCGAGUGGACGCUGUUCGACGUCUUGAUCCGCAAAGAGCGACCGAAAGCUGCGACGGUGGCGGCGUCGUCACGUUCGUCGCCGCUGCUGUCGGCGACGCUGGAAGGACAGCAGGAAGUGUGGGACGAGGGGCGCUGCAUGUUUUUGCGCCUUGCGUAUGCGAAUGGCGAGCUGCGCGUGCGCUCAUUGCAGUUUGUGUCGCACAAGCUGGCGCGUGCGCUGGAGGAGCACGCCGUCUUCGGCAAAGGCGAGCCGCUCUAUCUGGAGAUGCUGCGCCGCGUGCCCAUGGACGUUUCUUUCCACAAGCCAUCGCAGCGGCGGGGCGGCAGCUCUUUGGAAAGGAAGGCCCAACCAUCCACAGUGAGCGCCGCCUCGCCAGUGAACGUCUUCGACGCACCGGAGCCGACCCCGGCCACGCCAGCGGCCGCGGCUCCACGGACGGCGUCGUCCUUUAACUCAGCCCGCGUGCUGACCUCGCAGUUCGAUCGCAGCGGCGAGUACGCACGGACGUUUGCCUACGCCGGCCCCUACAUGACGGAGCUGUCCAAGGAGCUGCGCGAGGCGCUGAGCGAGUACAUCAUGAUGGACGUCGGCAUCACCAACGAGGUGGCCGAGUACGUGUGUCAGAUGCAGUUCUUUUUGGAGCAGGAGGAGUACGUUGGCUGGUUGGCGCAGUGGGGGCAACUUGCCGCAACGCUGAAGCAGACACUCUGA